UUUAAACCAGUAGGCUUAUGCAUACCACUAACAGAAGAUGUCUAGUAUUAUUGCAAUAAAGCCAAUAUUAUUCCUCGUCUUUGUAUCAUUCACGUGAUUUUAUUUUCAUAAAAUAACAAAGUUUUUUAAUUGCGUAACCAUCAAUUCGGCAGACUGAAUGCAAAACAAUGGUUAUCCAAAACUAUAUUAUAACCUGUGUGACCUGAGCGUAUGUAUUGAUAAAUCAUUAACAAGGCUUGUUAUCAGAAAUACGUAAUGUUUAUAGUCAUUUUCUUACAUUCGUUGAGUGACGAUCAUUGUUCUCGGUAAAUAAUAUGGAGAAAUAUAUAAGUGUAAAAGAAUUAGAGGAAGCCGCUGCUUCUGUGUUACCGAAAGCUGCACGGGAUUAUUACAAGAGCGGGGCAACGGACGAACAUACCUUGCAAGAAAAUAAACGCGCUUUUCAAAGAUUGCGAAUUCGUCCAAAAUGUCUAGUAGGAUUGACUGAUUGUAAUCUACGAACAACAGUAUUGGGAAAUGAAGUCUCAAUGCCGGUGGGUAUAUCGCCGACGGCUAUGCAGAGGAUGGCACACCCUGAUGGUGAAAUAGCAAAUGCCAAAGCCGCGGAAAAGGAAGGUGUAAUCUUUACAUUGAGCACCCUUGCUACGAGUUCUAUUGAAGAAGUUGCGAAAGCUGCUCCACGCGCUGUCAAAUGGUUCCAGCUUUAUAUUUAUAAUGACAGGGAAGUUACGAGGAACUUAGUGUUAAGAGCAGAGAGGGCCGGUUUCAAGGCAAUAGCAUUAACAGUCGACACUCCAGUUUUUGGUUUAAGAAGAGCUGACGUCCACAAUAGGUUCAGUUUGCCACGGCAUCUUAGGCUUUCAAAUUUCGAGGGUUUCCUUUCAACAAAGAUACACUCUUCGGGCGAAGGAAGUGGUUUAAAUGCAUAUAUAAAUAAUCUUUUCGACAAGUCGUUGACAUGGGAUGAAAUAAAAUGGUUAAGAAGCAUAACCAAUUUACCAAUAAUUGCGAAGGGAAUCCUUCGAGGAGAUGAUGCUGUAAAAGCUGUCAACGCAGGAUGCUCUGCCAUUUUAGUUUCAAAUCAUGGUGCUAGGCAGUUGGAUGGAGUUCCCGCAUCGAUCGAAGCACUACCUGAAGUAGUCGAAGCCGUGAAGCAUUACAAUGUUGAAGUGUACAUGGACGGCGGAGUGUCGACUGGAACGGAUGUUUAUAAAGCAUUGACUCUUGGUGCCAAAGCGGUGUUCGUAGGUCGGCCGGCUCUGUGGGGCCUGGCUCUAGGAGGGCAAGUUGGAGUAGAACGUAUGCUCAAAAUAUUUAGGACCGAACUCGAAUACACUUUCAACAUUGCAGGCACAUCAUCUGUCGCUGACAUUACAAAAGACAUGGUGGUACACGAGUCCGCCUACAGUAAACUAUAAAAGCAAAAAUAAAACUGUCAUGAAUACUUGGAAAAAUGUGUUAGUAAAUGUAAAAUUAAAUAAUUGUAUAAA